AUGAGGCGCCUACAGCUGGUCCUUGUGGCCUUUGCCUUGCUCUGCUGUGUUCCACCAGCUAGAAGCGGACUGAAUAUUUACAUACGACGAAUUUUUGAUACAUGCUGGUUAGCAAAAGGCAUUUGCAGGGAAAAAUGUCAGAAAGAGGAAAUUUAUAACAUUUUUUGUGGUACUCAUUUCCUGUGCUGUAUCAGCAAAAAGGACAUGCCCACGCUGUUCGUGAAGUAA